AUGAAGAUGAACAGUCCGCUCUCUCGAUUUUAUGGAAGAGGCCUGAUAGAGGGAGACACGUGGCUGCCCCCAUUGGUUACGGGACAGAGUGACACUUCGCUUUCUUGCCUAAAACGAAGACCAAAUCAUCACCGUACACGUGGUGGAGAUCUGCAUCAAACCCUAAUCAGACGUUUGAUCACUCACAUUGCGCCUGGUUUCACAACCAAACAAAUCAGACGUUUGACACCAUCAUCAUCAUCACAUUCCGCCAGCUGUUUCACACACCAUUAUUAUGAUGAAAUCCACACCUGCACUUCAUCAUCAUCAUCAUUACACAUCAGAAGCCCUUGGUCUUCCGGGUUGUGUGACUGCUGCUCCGAUUGCUCAACCUGUUGCUUGACAUUUUGGUGUCCAUGCAUUGUUUUUGGAAGAAUUGCGGAGAUUGUUGAUAAAGGAUCUUCAUCUUGUGGCGUGAGUGGCGCACUUUAUUUCUUAAUUUCAGCGCUGACUGGCUGCGGAUGCUUCUACUCUUGCUGCUAUCGCUCCAAAAUGAGGCAGCAAUACAUGUUAAGCGAAAGCCCUUGUAACGAUUGUUUGGUUCAUUUUUGCUGCGAGGGCUGUGCCUUGGUUCAAGAGUAUCGCGAGCUAAAAAGCCGUGGAUUCGACAUGUCUCUUGGAUGGCAUGGCAAUUUGGAGAGGCAAAAUAGGGGAGUGGUAAUGGCUCCAUCAGCCCCAGUUAUGGAAGAUAGGAUGAAAAGAUAG